AGGAUGAAGAGCAGCGCAGAGGGAAGCAGUGAGUCAGAGACCGAAACGGAGGAGGAGGAGGAGGAAGAUGAGGAGGGGGGUCUCUCGGAUGAGUCUGUCAACGAAUGUCUUAAGGGACUGGAGGAGGAAGAGAAAUCCUCACCCCACCAGCCACAAGGCCUCUGUCCAGGGUGCAAAGGCCAGCCAGGCAGCACAGAUGACCAGCCACGAAGGGCACUGAUAGAUUUGGAGGAAAAGGUGGCUGAAGAGUGGGACACAGAACAGGCACGGAGGAAAAAAAAGAAAAAAUACAGGCUGCUCUCAAUCAACCUGUCCAGCUGCAAGUAUGAGAGUGUGAGGCGUGCUGCUCGACGCUGCAGCCUGAAAGAAGUGGGCGAAGACGAGGAGUGGACAGUUUACUGGACUGACUGCUCCGUCUCACUGGAGCGCGUAAUGGAGAUGAAGAGGUUUCAGAAAAUCAACCAUUUCCCAGGCAUGGCUGAGAUCUGCCGCAAGGACCUGCUGGCCCGCAAUCUCAACCGCAUGCUGAAACUUUUCCCCAAGGAGUACAGCAUCUUCCCCCGCACAUGGUGUUUGCCAGCUGACUAUGGGGACUUCCAAGCCUACGGGCGGAUGAGGAAGAACAGGACGUACAUCUGCAAGCCAGACAGUGGCUGUCAAGGACGCGGCAUCUUCAUUACACGCAACCCCAAGGAGAUCAAGCAUGGCGAGCACAUGAUCUGCCAGCAGUAUAUCACCAAGCCCUUCCUCAUUGAUGGCUUCAAGUUUGACAUGCGCAUCUAUGUCCUGGUCACUUCCUGUGACCCGCUAAAAAUUUUUGUCUAUGAGGAGGGGCUGGCCCGCUUUGCCACCAUGAGGUACAUCGAGCCCAGCAGCAGCAACCUGGAUGACAUCUGUAUGCACCUGACCAACUACGCCAUCAACAAGCAUAAUGAGAACUUUGUCCGGAAUGACAACACGGGCAGUAAGAGGAAGCUGUCCACACUGAAUGCCUGGAUGCGGGAGCACAACUAUGACACAGCCGAGUUGUGGCGGGACAUCGAGGACAUCAUCAUCAAGACCCUGAUCGCUGCCCACCCAGUGCUGAAGCACAACUACCGCACCUGCUUCCCCAACCACAUCUCGGGCUGCGCCUGCUUUGAGAUCCUCGGCUUCGACAUCCUCCUGGACAGGAAGCUCAAACCCUGGCUCUUGGAGGUCAACCACUCCCCCAGCUUCACCACCGACUCUCGGCUGGACCGAGAAGUGAAAGAUGCCCUGCUUUGUGACGCCAUCAACCUCAUCAAUUUGCGGGCCUGCGACAAGAGGAAGGUCCUGGAGGAGGACAAGAGGCGGGUCAAGGAGCGCCUUCUCCAAGCCCACCAGCCUCCGCGGGAAGCCAGGCGUGAACAAAUGGAGAGCAGCCAGGCUGCCUGGCUGGCCCAGGCAGAAAAGUACGAGAACAGCCACCUGGGUGGCUACCGGCGCAUCUUCCCAGCACGUGGCACAGAAAAAUAUGCGCCUUUCUUCAAGCACAGCGGAUCCCUCUUCCAGGAGACGGUGGCCUCCAAGGCUAGAGAAGAGUGUGCCAGGCAACAGCUGGAGGAGAUCCGCCAAAAGCAGGAGCAGAGAGACAGCACAGCUGGGAAGAAGAAAAGGGAUAUGAAAGAGAACUUGCAAGGAGAAUCUGCUGGGGAAAAGCCCCACGAGAAGAGCAGGGGAAAGCCAGCUCCCACGCGGCUCACUAGCAGCCACAGCAAGACCUGGAACCCAAAGAUGCCAUCCUUGCCAUACGACAGCAUGACUCCCCAAGCCAUCGUGGAGGAAGAGGAAGUGGAGAGGGUGAAGGCCCUUUUGCGGCGUGAGAACCUCAUCCGGGGGCUGGGCAUUGUAGACCAGCUGACCCGCCUGCUCCGGAACACUGAGCCACGGCCUGUGGAGAUACAUAGACCCCACAUCCACAUCUCUGAAAGCCAGCCCCACUUCCUCCAGGAUGUCUUCAGCAACCGUGACUCCCAGCACCUGAUGACCCUCGUCCCCCUCUCCCUCCAAGAGCUCGGUCAACAGAUCAUGCGGCAGCCGCCUCCGGAGCGGGCCCAGCUCCUGGGCAGCCAGGGCUUCAUCCCCACCCUUCUGGGUGCCCUGACUGGCCUGGGCCCCCCGGCCUCCGACUCCUCCUGCUCAUCCCACUUCAAGCCGCAAUUCCACAUCCAGCCCCCCAAGAACAUGAGCUGGCUGGGCACAGCCAUGGGGGGCGAGCCCUGCACUCUGGCCCGGAUGCUGAAGGCGGGAGGGCGGCGAUUCACCAGUGCCAAGAGCAAGGUGGACAGCGGCGGCCCGGCCAGCAGGAGGCCGCUGUACCUGGGCGCCGGCUCGCUGGGCUGCCUGUCGCAGGCGGGCCCCGUCCCCAGCCACCUGUACGGCAGCUUCCCCUUGGGGGCGGCGCCCGGCCCCUUCCACCGCACCGACGCGCGCGGCCUGGCCAUCAACUCCGCCUCGGCGCCGCUCAUCCGCCGCGCCAGCCCGCACCGCCCCGCCCACGCCGCCGCGCUGCACCUCAGCCAGCCCAGGUAG